UUGAAAAGGCGCAACAAUGAAAAACUCGAUAUCUUUGCUUGGUUGCGUCUCUCAAAUUCAAGGUCGCAUGCAUGUCAGCAGCCAACAACAUAAUUCUUAUAGAUUUUCACCGUAGCCUUAAUGACACUAUCCAUGCCGGACAUGGUGCAACGUCUGUGUGGAAAAAUCUUAGUCAAAGCGUGCUACGGUACUAUGCAGCGUCACUCGCAACAAAAAGAGUUGAAUCUCGGCCUUCUAUCCAAUUGGUGAGCAACGAAGGACGUAACAAGCUGAAUAAUCAUGAGGGUGGAGGCGGAAGGAACCCCUUGGAGGCUAUGAGGACUACUCUCUCUUCGAUGAGUUGUCCCAACGUUUAUUCUAUCCAGGAUAGGUUGCCUUCUGCAAUAGAGCAGCUGAUCAUCGAGAUAGCCGACCAGGACGACGAGGAAGUCCAUGCGAAAAUAAUGUUCUUCGUACUAGCAAAGCGAAAUGACGAGAAGGGAUUCGAAUUUUACGAUGAGAAAGAUGAAAUCCCAUCACCAAAGCUGGAUAUACGGGCUGUUCUCUAUAAAGUCAUGAGAAGCAUAAGAACGUCCAAUAUCGCAAAUAUCAACUUUGAACUUAUAAGACUGUUUCCUGGAAAUGCGCCGAACGACCUGACUGAACAGUCAGAAGAGAAAUUACUACCGAAUCUAUCUGUGUCUGCAAUCAACUUGUCCAUCUCUGAUGGGACUUUAGACCAGGCUCUUAGAGAUCGAUCUGUCAAAUCGUUUGACCUGAGCAACUUGGAUAUCACCUUCAACGGAAGUGACGCCUCAUCAUCUAUGGAGAGCACAGGUGCUGCCCGUUUUUUGUUUGCACAUCAAAAUGAGCAUCUUGAUGAUGAAAGUUGGGGAAACUCCAUUCAGCUUGAUCAUGUCAUGACCGUUAGGAAGCAUGGCUUAGACCUACCACUGUGCCGCUGUCUCCACCCUGUAGUGACAGAUGAUAUCGGAUUUGAAACUAGCUCGCUAUAUUCAUCUCUAUCUGAUAAAUCUACUAUUCUCUUACACGAUAGGAAAGAAGGGAGCAAGGCAUAUUACUAUACCCACGCACUUACACAAUACGGCACGAGUGCUUUUCUUUUAUGCUUCAAUAGAACUCCGGAUAAAGAAUUCGAGCAAGCUAAAGAGCAAGCUCUAGAGUUAGUGGAGGUCAAAGUGGAGGGAUGGAGCAACCCGUCACGAAUGGAUAAAAAAGCCAGCCAAACGAAUUUCCUCUUUUCCAAAGAAAUGCUUGUUAGCAAUAACAUUGAUAGCCUAAAUGAUAUCAAGUCGCUUGUCAAUAUCAAUCCUAACAGAUACGACAUGCCCCCAGCUGAUUUCGCUAUACUACCAGGUAGUCAUAAAGCCAAGACGACAGAAAGGAUAGAACGAUCAUCACGUUGGUGGUUGUCCAUGGCCGAUAGUUUCAGUCGUGAAAUGGUCUCACACCAUGAGGUCAGCCCACUUCAAAACUAUGGAGAUGCAUUCAAGGUGGAGAAGAAUUUGAAUGGCGAUAUACUGAAACAGAUCCGACAAGAGCUAGUAAGCCCAGGAACGACAUCGAAAUUUCCUAAGGGAGCGCUGGAUUUGGUUUUCGCACAGUUGACAGCUGCCGCAAGUAGAGGAGAGCACGGUCAACUAUUCACAAAGCAAUUGACAAAUCAUGAUGUCAGAGAUCUGGCCAAAAAGAUAAUCGUUGGGUUGGACAUUGCUUGCAAGAGAUUUGCUAACGCUGCAGAUGGUGCUUCAGAGCUAUGUGUACAGAUUAAAAAAUAUAUAAAGGACUACCAAGGCACUGUGUAUGCUAGCAGAAAGGAAGAUAUCGAUACGAAAACAAAGGAUGAAGCUGGUUCUGUGGAUACUGCGUGGACACAAAUCAACAAAUAUCAAAACAUGACUUUGCGGGAAAAAGAGGAAGCGACUGCGCCAGACAGUCCAAUGGACAUCAAAACAAAAGGUGAACCCUUACCUUUUGCUCAUCAACUUCCCAUUGGUGUCACAGCAAGUCGAGGUAGAGGACGAGAUAGCCCACGCGGAAGAGGAGGAGGAACAGCUUUCAAUCCUAACUUCCGUGGUAAGCGAGGCGGUAACGACAAGUAUCAAGUCGAGGCAGAAUCUGCCAUACCACAGUAUCCAGAUGUCCGAGUUGCCAAACCCUGGCUAAAGGUUAGGCGGCCUGAUGGAAGACAGGCUGAGCUGAGCCAAAAGCGAAAAGAUGAGCAACUAGGGGACUCAACAUCGCUAUUAUGGACGUAUUGGAAAGCGGAAGAGCGGCGUCAAUUUGGAAGCGACGCUAGCAAGAGUGACGGAAUGAUCUGGGUCACAGAUAAACGAGCGCAAGCACGUAAACGAGUACGAAAGGAAUUUGAUGGUCGACUUUUGGACGAAUCUUCUUCGACAGGACGGCGCCAGGUUGAUCAUAUCGAUAUUGUAAAUAUUCUGCCUUUAGAAUGAAAUACGUCAAUAAA